ACGCCGCCUCCGUCCGACUCCGACCUCUUCUUCGCUUCCUUCCCCGAGAGGUCUUCGGGUAAACGACCGUCGACGCCAUGGACGUCCUCUCGGGCUCCAUCGACGUUCGCGACCUCCUCCCGAGCGGCGAGCUCGACGAGUCCUCCCCUCUUUCCGCCCCCGACCUCCGCCUCCUGGUCGACCGCCUCCAGAUCCGCUCCCUGCGCAUCAAGGACAAGGUGCGGUCCUACGUCCUCGCCCACCGCGCCGAAUUCGCCGACCUCUUUUCCCGCUGCUCCCUCGCCGCCGCCUCCGCUGACGACCUGACCCGCUCCCUGUCCGGCGCCCUCCGCCUCCUCUCCGACCGCCCUCUCGACCUCGAGAUCCAGGACCUCGUCUCCGAAAUUAGGGCGAAGAGACGGGAGCUCGAGGAGCGCCGGGAGGCGCUGGAGGUGGUGCGGGCCGUCUCCGCCCUGCACCGCCGUCUCGCUUCGGCCAGGGAGGACCUCAGGGCCAUGAGAUUGGUCGCGGCUGCUGAAGCCGUCAGGGAUCUCAAGAAAGGGCUAUCCGUCGCGGACGUGGAGGAGGGGGGCAGCGUAGAGAACGAGCCGGCAGUGUUUGGGUUCUUGAGGAAGGAGUGGGCUGAGUGCCUCGAUGAGCUUCAAGAGGUGCUUGCCAAAAAUGUACUGAACUGUUUCCAUUUUGAACCGGAGAACAAUAGACUGAUUGUGAGAUCUGUAUCUAAAGUCGAAGAUGUUCACUAUAUCAAGCUCCACCAGAUGUUGGAGGCAAUGGAGAUUGUUGGUGUUCUUGAUUAUGGGCUGGCAAGAGUGGCAGAUUUGUUGAUCAAACGGGUCAUUAUUACUUCCAUAACAAACAAAUCCAUCAAUGUUUUAGUUGAAGUGCAUGAUGAGGGCUCUCUUGCAAGUUGUGAAACAAUUCUUGGCAUGGUUCCAUCAUCUGAAUUGCAGGAAGAUCUCGAUGGAACUUGUCUUUACUCAAGGCUUAGUCAAAUAGUAAAGUUCAUAUACAAAUUCAUUUGCUUCGAGAAUGCUAUAUGGAUGCAAUGUUUUGGAAGAUUGACUUGGCCAAGAAUGGCAGAUCUAAUUAUAACUCAUUUUCUUUCCAAGGCUGUGCCUGAUGAUGCUUCGAAGAUCGCUGGCUUCCAAAAUGUCAUCAAACGUACUGCUGAUUUUGAGACCUUUUUGAAGGAAAUGAAAUUGAUUUCAUCAACUGACAGGAAUGAAGAGAAGUUGAGUUAUUUUGCUCAUGAUGUUGAAGUUCAUUUUGCUUCCAGGAAGAGGAAUGAGAUUUUGGCAAGUGCUAGAAAUUAUCUUCUACAGUUCAACUAUGAUCUGCCUCCCGCAAAUAUGUCAAGUGUUUCCUUACAGGCUUCUGAUGGUGGAGAAAAUUGUGUGUCUGUUGUUGGUUUGCUUUUCCAGUCUGAUAAGUGUCUUGUUUCUAAGGCAGUCUUUCACCUAAUGGAUCUAGUGCACAGAGCACUUAAGGAUGCUUGUUUGUCGCCUACAAGAGUGGCAAAGGAGUUUUAUCAUGCUGCAAGGGAUGCUCUACUUUUAUACAGAGCUGUUAUACCCAUUAAGUUAGGGAAGAAGUUGGAGAGUAUUAGUCAAGUGGCAAUUAUUAUCCACAAUGAAUGUCAAUAUUUGUCCCAGGAGAAUCUUGGACUUGCCUUUGAGUACCGUGCAGAUUUUCCAAGUGGCUUGCAGAAACAUGCAGUGUUUGUUGACAUUGCACUAAGUUUUCAUCAGAUGGCAGAAAAUAUUCUUCAAAAACAAGUUCAAUUAGUUGUUAGUAGUUUGAGGGAGGCUAUUGAUGGAGCUGAUGGUUUUCAGAAUACCCAUCAACCACAGCAUUAUGAAUCAGCAAAAUUUGGUCUAGAGCAGGUUAUUUUUAUUAUAGAGAAAGCACAUAUUAUGUGGGAGCCACUCAUGCCAGCUUCAACUUACAAGAGAGCUAUGUGCUCAGUAAUGGAUUAUGUCUUUUCUGGAAUCACCAGAGAUAUGCUGCUUUUAGAUGAUUUGGCAGCUGAGGAGACUUUACAGCUACAAAGACUGAUCCAGAUGAUGCUAGAGAAUCUCUCUUCUUUGUUUGAGUCACUUAUUGCUGAUGUGGAUGAAAAGGAAAGGUUCUUGAAUCAGAAUACGUGGAGUCAGUUAGACAAGAUGAUGUCAUCUUUACCUAAAUUCCGCAAGCUUGCAGAACUGUAUGAUAUGCCGUUAAAAUCAAUCACCGCAACAUGGGAAAGUGGAGAGCUUCUCAGUUGUGGCUUUACAUCAUCUGAGGUGGAAACUUUUAUCAAAGCAAUCUUUGCAGAUUCCCCCUUGAGAAAGGAAUGUUUGCAGAGAAUAAAAAGUGCAAGUGAUUAGCUGAUUCUUAUUUUCCACCAAGACUUAACCAGACUGUUUUAAAGGAAGCUCCUAUAUGUCGAGAUCGUCGUGGACUAUGACACUGUUUUGUAGCCUUUGGUAUGCUUCUAACUUGGGCACUAAAACGAGGCAACCACCAACCAGCAGGGCUCAGUGAAAAAUUGAUGGUUUACACUCUGGUCGAGAGGCAAAAUAUAAGGAUCUUAAGAUUACUAGGUUUCCUAAUGCUGUGUAUUAUUAUUAUAGGAUGUAGCCAUCAAGUGUGACGAGUUUUGUGCUAUGCACAUGCUGCCCAAUUUCUUGUGUUUCCAUUGCUGCAGAUGUUCAGUCAUGCCAUCUUUUUUGUUGGCACAAAUAUUAGUAUUAUCUGUUUAUUUCUUUGGCUGUACUUGAAUUAAACAAGCAAUUAUAUUGAUGGAGUACCAAAUAUAUACGUAAUUGAUUGAUCA